AUGGAUUUGCCAUCAGUACAGCGACUGUCACCGCCCGGCGUGACACUGUUGGUGGCUUUUCUGGCCUUCACUUCGCAAUGGCUAUUCCACUACAUCGAACCCGGGCCGCUGCGGAAGGGAGACGCGUACCUAUUCAACACUCUGGUGACGUGUCUGCUGAUAUGCUACUGGAGGACCUGCUUCACCGACCCAGGCAGGAUCCCAAAGGACUGGCAGGAUCGAGUGCAUGGCACUGAGCCAGGCUCUCCUCAGUCUGCUGCUGAAGUUGCAGCUCAGAGUAACAGAUGGUGCAGAAGGUGCGAGGCAUUCAAGCCGCCGCGCGCUCAUCACUGCAAGACGUGUAAACGGUGUGUUAAGAAGAUGGACCAUCACUGUGUGUGGACCGCCAACUGCGUCUCUCACGUUACGGUCCCGCAUUUCAUUCGUUUCCUGUUCUAUGCCGUUGCAUCGAUGGCAUAUCUGGAAUGCUUCCUUUAUGGACGAGCUGCAAUCCUGUGGCAGAAACGCAGCCUACCAUAUUAUCUCGGACCGUCCUCAUUUCAACUAAGCCACCUCUUCGUCUUAUGCGUCGUGAACUCUGGCAUCUUGUUCAUGCUUACACUUUUGCUUGGGCGAACACUAUGGUCUCUGGCAGUCAACACCUGGACGAUCGAAGGAUGGGAGAUUGAACGUCAUCACACCCUGCUACGAAGAGCCCGCGUUCUAGGUGGCUUCCUUGAUGGUCCUGACGGGGUGAAAGUCCGCAUCGAGCAUCAAGAGUUUCCAUGGGACGUCGGUAUCCUGUCGAACAUAUGCCAAGGCAUGGGCACCUGGAAUCCCAUCGCAUGGUUCUGGCCGUUUGCGCGAAGCCCAAGCGUCGAAAGUGGGCUUUCAUUCGAGCACAACGAGAUUGAUGACCCAAGCAAGCCAUGGCCCCCGCCAGAUCCAGAUCGACUCUACAGAGUCCCGCGCUCUAACUUGGUCGGCGAUGGAUUCACGAAAUCUUGGAACAUUGACGAUUUCAAGAAGAGACAAGCGGCUGACAUCGCACGAUACGAAGACGCCGACGGAGAGUACGUUGUUCGUAGACGUCCCUUCCACGAGCGUCUCGAACAAACGACUCAGCAGAACUCUGAUCCUUUUGUCGACAACGCGGAUGCAAUCGAGACGGAUGAGGAAUCCGACGAGGAAGAAAAGCCUCGUGGACGAACAACUGCGAAGGAUGAUGCCGGUGAAGAAGGAUGGCGAAACAAAGAAGGCGAACGUUUGGCCGACUUUGGCGUCGAUGAGGUCGCCGAUUUCUACGAUGAAGACGAUGUACCUUUGGCUGAACUAAUACGCCGUCGUCAAGCAAAAUUGCAAUAA